GGCAAUUCAGGAACGUUUACUGCUCAAGAUGGAGACUCUGCCUGCGGCGAGACUGCACCUCCCAGCAUGCAUUGCAGCCAGGCCAGGAGUCAAUACUUAAGAGUGAUGGGGUCUCCUCAGUGAUUUAGGCCUCCGCGGCAGUUGUAGAGCUUGAGGUGGAGGCCGGAGCCUGGGAAUUGGACGUUCGCGGACAGGAAAGAUGGAAGCCUGGCGCUGUGUGAGGAGGGGCUACGGCCACUGUGUGGUGGGAAGAGGCCGAUACCCCGUGUUUCCCCAUCACUCGAAGAGUCUGGGCAGAGACUGGACUACACCGUGGGAGAAUCUGCAGAGGUGUUGCUGGAACAGACAUAUUUCUAGUUGUAUGAGGUGGCCUGGACAUUAUUCUCGUACUCCUUAUCCAUACUUCAGUAGUAGGCAUUUUUCACUAAAUUGGAGACCACCUUGUUUGUUUGAGUCUAAAACUCAGUUUCAGUACUAUAACUGGAGACCUGACAGCUUGAGCCAGACAUCUUUGAUUCAUCUCUCUAGUUACGUCAUGAACUCUGAGGGAGAUGAGCCUUCAUCAAAACGAAGAAAACACCAAGGCACGAUAAAACGGAAUUGGGAAUAUAUAUGUAACCAUAAUAAGGAAAAAACGAAGAUCCUGGGAGACAAAAAUGUUGAUCCCAAAUGUGAAGACAGUGAGAACAAGUUUGACUUUUCAGUGAUGUCCUAUAAUAUACUUUCACAAGAUUUAUUGGAAGAUAACUCGCACCUCUAUAGACAUUGCCGGCGGCCAGUAUUACACUGGAGUUUUAGGUUUCCCAAUAUUCUGAAAGAAAUUGAACACUUUGAUGCAGAUGUACUUUGUUUGCAAGAAGUUCAAGAAGAUCAUUAUGGAACAGAGAUCAGGCCAAGUUUGGAAUCACUGGGUUAUCACUGUGAAUAUAAGAUGCGAACAGGAAAGAAACCUGAUGGCUGUGCUAUUUGCUUCAAACAUUCCAAAUUUUCACUCUUAUCAGUGAACCCAGUGGAAUUCUACCGCCGUGAUAUUCCUCUGUUGGACAGAGACAACAUUGGAUUAGUUUUACUCUUACAGCCCAAAAUCCCAUGUGCCGCCUCUCCUGCGAUCUGUGUGGCUAAUACACAUUUGUUGUAUAAUCCAAGGCGAGGUGAUAUUAAGUUAACCCAAUUGGCAAUGCUUCUGGCAGAGAUUUCCAGUGUUGCCCAUCAGAAAGAUGGCAGCUUCUGUCCUAUUGUUAUGUGUGGUGACUUUAAUUCUGUUCCUGGUUCUCCACUCUAUAGUUUCAUAAAGGAAGGAAAAUUGAAUUAUGAAGGACUUGCCAUAGGAAAGGUAUCUGGCCAGGAACAGUCUUCACGGGGACAAAGAAUUUUAUCUAUUCCAAUUUGGCCCCCAAACCUAGGUAUCUCACAGAACUGUGUGUAUGAGGUACAGCAGGUACCAAAAGUAGAAAAGACAGACAGUGAUCUGACACAAACAGAGCUGAAGAAAACAGAGGUCCUAGUGACAGCUGAAAAAUUAUCUUCAAAUUUACAGCACCAUUUCAGCUUGUCAUCUGUUUAUUCACAUUAUUUUCCUGACACUGGAAUUCCAGAAGUGACCACUUGUCAUUCCCGGAGUGCCAUAACUGUGGAUUAUAUUUUCUACUCUGCAGAAAAGGAAGAUAUUGCUGGGCACCCAGCAACGGUGGCUGCAAUUUCCUUGCCUGGCAAAGGACGGAAGUAGGUUAUCACGGCAUGCCACCCGCCGGCGGGGCCCAGCCAGAAAUACACUUCAGUCCUUGCCAGUUCAUCCAGGGCCAGAGCUGGGCGAGCUAUUGUGUGUGGAGAGGCCUCUUCCGAGUGCUCCCCCAGCUAUAAUUAGAAUAUUGCAAGGGGAUUUAUUUUUAAGAAACAUGAGCACCAGGAUGAUGAUUCAGCCGGGUCUGCACUUGCCCAGAACCUCUAAUCAGAUCCAGGGUUAUUAUUUUAGACUGAACGAUAUAUUUCUCCAACAUCCCCCUCUUCCCCCACUUUCAUCCAGAUAAGGUGAACAAAUCAAAGGAUUUCCCCUUUUGCAAAACUCUCCAGCGGAGGCACUCUGUUUAGGGGGAAAGGCAUAGGGGGUUUACAGUUUCCUUUGACUCACUUUGUAGAAGCACCAAGGGGCCCUUCUCUCUCCUCGCACACACAUAAUCCCAGCCUCAUCUGUUGUCACAUAAAUGUGUCCGGGGCGCACUAGGGUGAAAGCUUGAUGGCCUGGUCCCAAGUCUACCCCUAACCCCAACUACAGGUCUGCACUCCAGGAGGCGGCCGGGCAGAGGCUGUUCAGAGGGGGAGGUGGCUGGGGAGGAGACGGUAGUGGUUCCCUAGAGAAGUUUUUCUGUGAAAAAUGCUGCUAGGAGUCGGCGCUGUGACCUAAACUUUGACAGUUGCGCAGGGAAUCCACGCACUCUGAGGCAGCCCUGGUGCCAGGGAAGAGCCGGGCCCUACUGGAUGCUGCCAUCCUAGAAGCCACAAGAAGCCUUAGAACCAGAACGCGAUGGCGGUGCGUGGGGACAUCACCACAUCCUAAGGCUGCACGUACAAGCAGGACUGUCUGGGUGAGACGAGGUUUAAGAAAAGAAGCAGUAAGUGGAAGUCAAGCGUACCAGGUUCCCCUAAGCCACUGGGUCUUUCUUUUGCACCUCUGCCCAAGGGCUGUGUGUAGGCCCACGUGCCAGCCCACACUCACCCUCACACACGAACACCCGCGAUGGCCAGUUAGCCAUGUGGUCUGUGCACUCGAGUCUAGGAAGGGAUGUACAGUAAAGUGCAACUCUAACGCUCACCUCCUAGUCCUCAAUGUUAAGGGCAUGGAACAGAUUCAAUCAGGGGUGCUUUGGCCCAGCAUUUGCAAGUUUGAACAGGGAUCUGAGGACAAGCCAGGCCCAGAUGCAGGACUGAUGGGCCUACCCAGGUCGGCCACGGAGGCAAGCGUGGCCUCAGCCGGAGGAACACAGGGAGGGAGAGUGGCUCGUUCACACCUGUCACCCUCGUUCCAGGCUGGUCCUGCUCCUCCCUCACAUUCCUUACUUCCCAGGACUGCAGGCCCUGCUGCUGGCAGCCACCAGGGCCGACAGCUGAAGUUGCUAUGUAAACACGGAGGCCUCAGCCAAGACACAUUCGGCUCUGAAGAGAUUCGCCAGCCCCGCGCUCACCCCUCCAAAUCCUGCCCCGGCGGGAGGCUCUGGUCGCAGCCCAAGAGCUGUAGGCCACCGUCAGAGAUGCCAGGGCACAGCUUCUAGCCUCUGACCUCACCUCUUCUUUCGGGGACAGAGAACCCCUCAGCUCUAGGAACCCUCACUCCAUCUGACCCUGGGGAGCUCAUGGAGGUUUGGGGUCACACUGCCUGAGGGGGUCUUCUCUGCUCAGCCCCAUCCUUCCAUCUGGGUUUCUCCAAGCAGCCCUAGGACCCCGGGGCCCUAUGAAAUCCCAUCGC